AUGGAGCAGCUACCGGAUGGAAUCCAUCUUGCUGAGUCAGAAAGUGAGCAUAUACCUCCUCCACUUAUAGUUACUGGAGAGCACACAAUGCAGGUACAGGAGAAGCCUUGUGGCUACAAAUUAAAGGGGGUAUCCAACAGAGUGGCAGGUGAUAUGUACAGCAAGGGCUUAGUGACCUUUGAUAAAAUCUGGCAGUUGGAUGACACACUUCUGAGGUCAAAGUCACUACAGCUAAAAGAACUAUGUUUUUCAUUCGCAUUAUUUAAACUGCUACGCUGUCGAAUUGCAAGGUACACAAUUACUGAGGUUGGUUUCAUCAAGGGCCGUAACUUCUUGCAACAAAUGUUGCUUGAGGAUAAUGAUGGUGAAAGAGUACUUGCAGCGAUUGCACAUGAGCUUUCUUUUCUUCAUGACUAUUAUUAUUCAUCCCUUCCAAUCACAUAUUCACGAAGUUGGCUGCCAAUCGUGAGCAUAUUCAUUUCACUACUAAGCAUCUGCUACUGCUUAGUUGUCUUGAGAACUGUGACACUUUCUGCCAUUCUCAUGGUCAACUUGCCUAGAACAAAAGGGCAGAUUAAUUGUUAUGUGUCCUGUAGCAAGAUUUCUUCGGCCACAAGGGGAAGCUCAAUAUUUUUUGGAAAUUUAUACUUUGCUAACAUGCCAUUGCUUAUACUUGCUGUAUUAGUUAUGCUUGGCGAGGUGAGGGACAUUGCAUCUUACAUCUGCUCUAACUGGACUAAAGUAGCCUUGGUAUGUCAGUAUGUGAAGCAUGGUUCUUUGCGAAAAUCUGCUACCAUGCAGAGAUGUGUUAGUUGUGUGCUAUGGAUCAAAGGCAGGUUCACAAGGAAUUCAGAGGACAAAAUGAGUCAGUCCUCAAUUUUGGUGCUCCAUCCAAGGAAAACUCCAAUGGCUCUUCUUCGAUGUCUUCAUCUGGCAGGCCAAAACAAAAAGACACCAAGUGCAGUGAAAUCUGCUAUUGUCAGCGCACUUAGAAACAGCUACAAGAGAGGACAAAUCAGUGGUGAUGUGCCGUCUUUCCAAAGGAUCCUACAUUUGCAAGACGACAACAAGAUAAUUUGGAAAUUUGGGGAAAGAAGUACAGCCCAAAUCAUGCUUGUGUGUCACAUUGCCACAGAAAUCCUUGGAGCAAGGUCACGACCGCAUCUACCUCCGUCCAACUCUGACCAUAUGUCCGCUGCCAAUCACCUAUCGCAGUAUUGCACCUACCUGGUGGCACACUGUCCUGAGCUACUUCCUGAAGAUGAUGAAUGGUGCAAGAGCCUGUACAAGGCCAUCAAGAAGGAUGCCAAGCGUGUACUCAGCGGUAAUGAUUUUAGGGAGUCAAUGACAUCUGAGCUGGAGUACCGGAAGAGGUUGAUUGAGUUUCUGAGUGCAGAGGGUAACCAUGAGGUGCUCAAGGAUGGCGCGAGGCUUGCAGAGAAAUUGGUUGGGCUAACUGAAGAAGCAGAGGAGAUGGCAUGGAAGGCCCUCGCUGUCUUUUGGUCAGAGAUGAUCCUGUAUGUUGCUCCAUCAGACAACACUGACGGGCAUUUGAAGGCGAUCGCCCGUGGCGGCGAGCUGAUAACUCUCAUUUGGGCUUUGGUCACCCACCUCUGCAUAGUCGGUAGGUCCGAUGACAUCAUUGAUAGUGCUACCAUUGAUGUUUAA